CCCCGCCCCGAGCCUGCGUCCGGCAGUUGUGCAGACGCCGCUCCCUGCUAGUCGGGAAGCAGAGGAGGAGGAGUUUAAGGAAGAAUCCCGGCCGCUGCCCUUCUCAGCGGUCGAAGCCGCGCCAUGCUUGCCCUCGGAAAGAGCCUGACUAAGGCUCUGGCCGCUCGGACCCUGUCGCCUCAGGUGUGUUCAUCUUUUGCUACGGGCCCCAGACAAUACGAUGGAACAUUCUAUGAGUUUCGUACUUAUUGCGUUAAACCUGCAAAGAUGAAUGAGUUUCUGGAAAAUGUUAAGAAAAACUUACAUCUUCAGACAGCUCACUCUGAAUUGGUUGGAUUCUGGAGUGUAGAAUUUGGAGGCAGGAUCGAUAAAGUGUUUCAUAUUUGGAAGUAUGACAAUUUUGCUCAGCAAACUGAAGUUCGGAAAGCCUUGGCCAAUGAUAAGGAAUGGCGAGAACAAUUACUCAUUCCAAUUUUGGGUCUUACUGAUAAACAAGAGAGUGAAAUUACUUAUCUGGUGCCAUGGUGCAAAUUAGAAAAACCACCCAAAGAAGGAGUCUAUGAGCUGGUAACUUUUCAGAUGAAACCUGGUGGGCCAGCUCUGUGGGGUGACGCAUUUAAAAGAGCAAUUAAUGCCCAUGUCGAUCUAGGCUACUCAAAACUAGUUGGUGUUUUCCAUACAGAAUGUGGAGCACUCAACAGAGUUUCAGCUACUUUUAAUUUUCUUCUUUGCAUCAGCCAAAUAUUCAGUGUUCACGUUCUUUGGUGGAACGCGAGUGCAGAUAGCCAAGCAGCUGGGAGACACCAGUCUCAUGAGGAUCCCAGAGUUGUGGCAGCUGUUCGGGAAAGUGUCAAUUACCUAGUGUCUCAGCAAAAUAUGCUUCUGAUUCCUACGUCAUAUCCACCACUGGAAUAGUUUUCCACGGACAUACAAAGCAUUGCAUGAACUGCCAUAAGAUGUGUCUGUUAAUGAUGCUUAAAUUCUUCCAAGAGAUUCUCACUUUUAUUUGAAGGAAGUAGUAAGCUAAUUUGCUAUAUCCCUUGCAUUUUUUAAAAGCUACUCUCUAUCCACUGUCACCACCACUUUAGGAAACAGUAUGUUCAUUUUCCCCUUGGUAUUUCAGUAUCUGUCACACAUUAAAAAUAGUUGCCAUUACUACAGUAUCUUGAUUUUUCAUUUGUUUCCGAGUAUCUCUUGUUCUCUAUUUUGACAACCCUCUGCUUUUAUACCAUUUUCUUACAUACAAAUGAUUGUUACAUUUCCAUACCUGUGAUAGUAUCAUUAAAUUAUAUGCAUAAAUUAUCAACCUUUUCAUCAUGUCUGUUUUUCUGAGAUUAUAAAAGUUUUUGUU